GAUGAUUUCAAAUUGUUUACAGACUCCCGAACUGUCAUAAUAAAUAUUUCUUUAAUACAUGUUUGAUUUGCGAUUUUCUAAACUGUUGUCUUUUUAUAUUCAAUGAUAAAUUGGAUCUUUUUUCCUUAAAUCUUCAAAAUGAGUCCCCAAUUCGACCGAUUGUCAGAUUGUGUACUAUUAUUCCUGUUAGAGCAUUUAGAUAGCACUUCAUUAUAUCAGUUAUCACAGGUUACCCCACGUUUCGAACAAUUAAUUUUGGAAAAGAGCCUUUGGAAGAGAAUUGAUGCUAGAGAUGAACCGAAUGAUAAAAAAAAAAUCAAUUAUAUUUUGGACAGAGUUCAUAAUCUUACUGAAAUGUUACUAUUGAGAGGAAAAAUAGUUUAUCCUCGAGUAGUUGAAAUUAUACAAUCGGGUGCUUUCAAAAAAUUGACUAUUUUAUCGUUAGAGAAUCAAACUAUAAGUCAGCAUAAUGGGGUGAAAUUGAGUGAUUUUCCACAUUCCUUAGUGGAACUCAGUUUGAGAAACUCUUCAUUUGAAGCAAGUAGUGAAUUCUUCAAAAAAGGGUUUGAAGCAAUGGAGAAUUUAAAGGUUCUAAUAGUUGAUGGUUGCACCAAUGUUAGCAGUAGUGUUAUAAUGUCUGUAUCUAAAUACCCUAACCUGGAAAUAUUUUCUUGUUACAAGUGUCCAAUAGAGAAUUCUGUCGCAUAUUUCAGUAUUGCUGUUGCAAAUGGUUUUAAAAAAAUUAAAGUUUUUGAUGUUCGAUUAUCAGGUUUAGGAAAUACGUUUUUGAGAGCUAUGAUGAGGAAGCCCAAUGUCUUAGCUAUUUACUUCCAAAACAAGGAUACCUCCUAUGAAUUAGACUUUAGAAAUAGAGCAGCUGAAGUUACUCGUUUGAAUCUUCAAGUUCCGAAGGUUCAAUUCAAUAAACUUUCUCUAACAGGAAAUGAGGAAAAUUUGAUUUCUGACUUUGGGACACUGGAGUUUACAAGAACUAUAGCAGAUUUUGAGGAUCUCCAGUUGCCCGAUAGUUUCUUAUACUCCUAUCCUUAUCCACCAUGUAACUGUGGCUUCAAAGAUAGACAAGAAAAGUGUAAAUUAGGACUAGGUUUGAUUUCAGAUGAAACGGAAUCAAUGAAUCCUACAAUAUAUGUUCGUGAAGAUGAAAGGAAACUUAUAGAAAUCAUAGAUUCAGGAGAAAAGUUGGACCAUGUCGAGGAAAUUGGUAAUAAAAAUGAAAAUUCAGAAAGAGGUAACGAUAUAGCAAAUGGCAGAACUGAGAUAGGGCAAAUAUGUGAAUCAAAUCAAUACCAGAAUCAAAGAACUUCAAGAGGUGCUUCACCCAGCUCUGAUUCAGAUGCUAAUUCUCUCUCGGAUGCUGAAGAAACAAACCAUCCACGUAUAUGCACAGAAAUUAUAUACAGAAUAUUUUCAAGGAGGAAAUUAAUGAGAGACCAGGCAGUAGGAACAGAUUUAAGAAAUGACUGUAGAAUAAAUACUACGACAAAUGCUAAUUCCAGCAAUGCAUCAGAUAGAUCUGUUAGUAAUGAUGUAUGCAGAAAUUCGAAUAGACAUAAUCAGCCAUCCACAUCUAAUUUGUUGCCUUUAAGAAAUGACAAUAUAAUAAAUAUAACAGAUGUUGAUUCCAAUAAUGUAUCUGAAAGGCCUGUCAAUAGUGAUGUUGGCUGCAAUUUGAAUAGGCAGGAUCAGCCUUCUACAUCUGGUUUGUCAAUGCCUUUGAAAAAGAGAAAGCUCAGCAGUAUUGUAGAUAAAGAUUGGAAAAAAGCUAAGAUAGAUCAUUUGAGCAGUGAUUCUUCCUCAAGUGAUGAAGAUGAAAAUACUAGGAAAAAGAUCUCAAAUAGCAAAACAAGUCUUCAUUGCCCUUUGCAAUCGUCAAAAUCAUUUGAAGGUUGCAAAAAAAAAUAUGGGGCUGGUGAAAAUUCUGAUGAAAAUGUUCUCUGUGAUUCAAAAGGAAGUGAUGAAUCUACACAAAAAUCUCUAAAUAGGAAUACUGACAGAUUAAACCAUGAAUCUGGUGCAAACAAUUCACCUGAGGGAGAUCGACGAAGAGGAGUAGUAGUACGAAGCAGUAGGGGGGUAAGAGAUGUUCCAACAACCCGUACACAAGUGUAUCCUUGUGCUUGUGGAAACCAUUCUGUAAUUGUUGUGUUAGCUGAUGAGACAGAAGAGGGAGAUGUUCCUCUUAUAGAUCCACACCUUAGUCCGCCAGAGAAUCUUUUCCGACCAAUGCAUUGUGAGCAACGCAUAAACCUCAAUUUUCAUCAGUCUCUGCGAGUCAUUAAUAGAAACGAAAAUGCAAAUGCUAGACCUGAAAUUGAACUGGUAGAGAGGAAUAAGGAUAAAUCUCUCAAGUGUGGGUUGAAGCAAUUGUCAUUCAGAGGUUACGGAAGAGUAUCAAAUAUGACAUUGAAAAAUGUAGCAGACCUCCAUUUGGACUUGUUAGAUGUAACUUAUACCAAGUGCACCAAGAAAGGCAUUUUGGAUUUUUUGAGGACAAAUCCGAAUUGUCGGGUGUUGCACAAAGAGUUUUGUGUUUGUAGGCCAAAAAUGGAUUUUUGAGUUGUGCAAAAACUAUGUAUGUGUUCUGAAUUAUUGAGUAGAAUAUUCUAAAAUAUAUAUAAUUUUUUUUUCAGUAAUUAUAUAUUAUUAUCUAGAAAAAACCUAUGGAAUUAUAUAGUUUUGUAAUUGAGAAUGAUUAAAAAUA